GCGUACUCGUAAACGAACAACUUCAAGCGGAGAAAUUGACAUAAGUGCGCGUGCACGGAAUAAGCGCGGCCACUUUCACGUUAUUUUUUGUGCAUUUCUGUUCGCGUAGCUCCUAUUAGGCCACGUCAAAAUUAAUUUCUUCGUUAUCUGAAGUGCAACGUGUAAUUUUCCGAUGAUCGAAUUCACCGUGGGGAAAAAUGUGAGGAAUGUAUUGUAGCUGGCAACGUCGGUGUAUCGAGGCCGUUUGACAAAACAGAUAGUACUCAGCUCAAGUACUAUUUUUAUUCCAGUUGUUAACCUCGGUCGACACACUCGCGAAAAUGUCAUUCGAAGGGAAAUACAACGCAAAAAGUCCCGCUGUGAAAAGAUUAAUGAGAGAGGCCCAAGAGCUUCACGAAGCUACAGAAGAAUAUUGUGCAUCUCCUUUAGAAGAUAAUCUUUUUGAGUGGCAUUUUACUGUGCAAGGACCACCAUCCACAGACUUUGAGGGUGGUGUUUAUCAUGGUAGAAUUUUAUUGCCACCGGAAUAUCCUAUGAAACCUCCAAAUAUCAUAUUAUUAACACCCAAUGGCCGUUUUGAAACCAAUAAAAAGAUUUGCUUAAGCAUUUCUGGGCAUCAUCCGGAAACAUGGCAGCCUUCAUGGAGCAUCAGAACAGCUUUAUUGGCUUUAAUUGCUUUUAUGCCAACACCAGGAAAUGGGACAAUCGGAUCUUUAGACUACAGUAAAGAGGAAAGGCAAAAACUUGCAAAAAAAUCACUAAACUGGCAAUGCGAUACUUGUGGGAAAGUUGUUGAUUUAUUGUCAAAGGACACAGUUAAAAAACCUAUUACAGUAGAAGAACAAACUAUGUUAAACACAAUAGCAUUAAAGGCUGAUGACUCACCAACAUCAGACACAUCCUUUUUAGUCAAUUCAGAUAGCGUUUCAGAAAAUCAAUUGAGACAACGUAACAUCGAGCCGAUUACUAAUGAGAAUCAAGAUCGACAGCAAUCGGAUGUCAUAGUAAAUCAACAGGUGGAAACAAUGUCAUCUUCGAACGAUUUAUUCUGGAGCAUCCUGAUCGCUUCCUUGGUGUCAGCGAUAAUUCUACUUGUUUUGCGACGACUAUUUCUUGUUUAAAUUAUUCUAAAUGUAACAAAACGUUGUAAUUGUAAGUAUGUUAACAAAACAAAGUAAAUUUUAUACACAUUUUAUGAAACAUUUUUAAAAUUAGAAAUAAUCAGAACUUCAUGGAAAUAAUAUAUGACAGAGAUUGCACUGAUAUAUUCACUUUAGUACACAUCUGUCUCUUUGUCUUACUCUUACAAAAAAGUUGUUCACUACGAAAUCUAAUUGUUUUGAUGAGCAUAAAAAUGAUAAGAAUUAUAAAUUGCGUUAGUAUUACUAGUAUUUAAUCGUCUUUUAGAUGUCUUUAUGUCUUUUUGAUAUACAAUAUAUACUUACAAACAUUGAUUUAAAAAUAACUCUAUUCUCACUAAUAAAAGAGUUACAAAUUGCAUUUAACGCGCAUAUUUAGUUAAUACUUUGCAUAUGAUUUUUUAGUUACAUAUAUAUUAGAUCAGUUUAAACAAAUGUAUGUAUUACUUUCAUCAAAGUCUUAUCAUAUCUGUACAAAAAUGACCAAACAUUUUUUUAGUCAAAUCUACUUUACAAUAAAAUUAACAUCUUUCAUGGAGGUAAAUUUUAAUUUCACAUUGCUAUAGUCUAAAACUAUAAUAAUGUAUUUUGUUCCUUCUUUAAUGUUAUAUAAAUGUAGAUAACUCAUGUGUUAGAAAUGUAUAUAACUAAUAUAAAUUUAAUAUAAGUUAAACAAGUUAUUAUGUUGUAUUCCACGAAACUGUGCACAUAAAAAUCAAAAAAAAUACACCAGUUAUAAAAAAAAUA